AAUUUCGUACGCUGACAUGUCUCAGCCCAAGGACGAACGCUGCUGCUUCGGAAAAUGCUUCGGAUCGGAUCACUGUUUCGGCCACCUCCCAUAUAAUAGCUUAUUUUGAAAAGCCAACAUAUAAAUAACUGUCAAGCGCUGCAGAGUAUUUAAUUGUGGGCCGUGCCUCACCAUAAUGUUUUCGCUUGUUAAAUAUUCGAGAAAUUGGGAAGAAUCGGUUAGACAAACAUCAGCCGUAACGUAAAAUACGUAACAUCUCCACAAGCCCAUUAAACAUUGUUUUUCUAUGGUUCAGCAUGCAAUUAUCAGAUCGUUUUGCAAAUACUUCAGUUAGUUUUAACUCUUUGCGGUUUGAUUAUCACUCACUUUGAGUAUCGUAGCAACUAAAGACGCGUCUGCAUUCUAAGGUAAUUGAAAUAUAUUACAAGCAUAUUAAUAAAUUACUUACUUACGUUCUCAUUUUUUAGUUUAGAUUAAAAAGGAAUGAUGUGCCGCCGCCCACCGCCUCUUUUGUGUCGUCACAAUUCACUGCAUGUCAAAGUAAGUUGUGCUUAUCUUUAGUUAUGAUUAUCUAUAAUAAAUUCAUUUAUUUUUAUUUCAUUUGAGUUCAAAAAGAAAUUGAAUACACCUGCCCUAUCGCUUCAGGGGAAAGCAAUAAAAAUAGGUCAAACGAAUUCUAAUAUGAGAUGGCGUCCAAAAAAUUGAUCUACAUAGUCCAAAUAUGGUGCAGUUAAUAUUUUUAUGAAGCAAUUUUAAGCAUAAUAUAUUAAAAACUAAUUCAUUUUUCCACAUAAAGGCUUAUAUUUUGCAGGAACGGCUACAUGGGAAAUGGGAUUCAAAACCAUCUGAAAGGACUUUCUUCUCAAGAUCUUCAAUAUGAAAGGGUAAAGUAGACGUUGAAACGGUUGUAUAUUAAACUAUCGUAAGGUGAAUAAAAAUUUUGCUGCAAUAAGAUAAACGUUUACGCGGAAGUUUUCGCAAAAUGGAUAUGGAGGUAUGUGCACGUGUAUUGGCAAAAGUCACGAUAUCUGGAAUGACUCUUUUUUUUUUAUAUACCAACACCACCACCAUCACCACCAUCAACAAUAACAACAUCAACAACAUUGUGUUAUUAUGAAAUUUACAUCAACCACCGAAAAGUGGCCUAAAUUAGUAAAAUUUUAAUAAUGAGUUUUAUUUGAAUGUAUGUUUGUCGCAAAUUCCUGCCAAUUAUUGAUUCAACAAAUAGUUGCAAAAUCUUUUUGUUUUUUUUAAUUCAAAAGAAAUUUUAUAACCUAAAGUGCCAGUGAGGAGAACAGAAUGGCGGCAGCAAAUUGGACCGGUUUAUUUAAAUUGUGUUUAAAGCAACGUGAAGGCGACCAAAACUCUAAUGGAGUACAGUUUGGAUUUGUGUUCUAGAUCAAAAUUUUUUUAACACAUGAUUGAUUAAUUGAUUGAUUGACUAUUUUAUGGCUCAUAAAUUGAUUUUGAAUAUUGUACGUUUCCUUGCGUGCCGAUAAAGCAUAUAUUGCCUGCCUAUCGAAAACACAUCCAUUCCGCAAUCAAUCAAUUAUUGUAAUAUAAGACAGCACAUGUAAAAUUUAAUUCACUAAGUCAUGCAUGAUUUUUGAUACCAACCACCAUAGAAAUACGUUGCAAUAUAUAAUAUUUUUAAUGCAUUAUUUUCUUCCAUAUAUUUUAGCACAAGGUAAUAAGAGCUUCCAAUUUUCAAAAAUUUACGGUCGCGGCUUCACCAAAGGCAAGUAAUUUUAUAUUCAAAUAGAUUUCGGCUAUCAUAUUAAUAUCUGUUUUUUUUUCUUUAGCCCGUUAUGAAAUAUUUGCCCACGUAUCGUUUGGAACCGAAAGUCCCCUUGAAUAAAGAAGUAUGUGAGAAAAUUAUAAAAACCGUAAUGGAUAAAACGUUUCAGGAUUUCGUGUACGCCCCAAAACCUGCGUUAAGUUUAUGCGCUGAAGUCAGUGAAGAAAUCAAAAAUCGUGUUAAGAAUUUAAAUUUUGAUCGAUAUCGUUAUAUUGUUCUUGUGAGCAUCGGCGAAAAGCUGUAUCAAGGUUAUUAUUCAUUGGUGAAUUUUUUAUGGGACCCCGAAAAGGACGGUUACCUAUCGUAUGUUUAUGAUACACCGAAAUUUUUUGCUGUCGCUACACUUUAUUAUCUAUAUUAUGAUUGAGUCCACCAAAUAUGAAUAUAUAGAUUUUAUAGCUUAAUACCUAAUACACAGGCUUAUGCGCAAUAAAACCACCGAUUUAUAGAAUAUUAAUUAUCAUUAAAUUGCUGGAUAAACCAAAUAAUUGAAAAAUAUUUGAAAAUAAAUGAAAAAAUAUAUCUAUCUGUACACACUAUGUGAAAACAACACUGAUUAAAGCUUUUGAUUUUUCAUUUAAUUUGAUUCAAUGUUUAUUGAAAGAUUAUUAUUGAUUAUAUUGAUUAUUUUAAUUAAUUGAGAGUAAGUUUGUUCUUUAAAGGAAUAUUUUCAUUAAAAGUUUUGUAUAUAGAGUCUAAAUAGAUAAAGAAA